AUGAUACUCGGCAUGGCAAUCACUCCUGGAGAGGUGACCACUUCUCUCAUAACUUGGGGGAUGUUUUUUGUUUUUGUAAGAGCCCUAAGGAGCAAAGGGAGAAAGCGGGUGUCUCCUCCUGGCCCGUGGUCCUUCCCCAUCAUAGGAAAUCUUCUUCAGCUUAGAGACCAUCCUUACCUUACAUUCAUGGAGACGAGGAAGAAAUACGGAAAUGUCUUUCUCAUCAGACUUGGCAUGGUGCCUGUCCUGGUGGUGAAUGGGAUGGAAAUGGUGAAACAAGUACUACUCAAAGUUGGAGAGGGCUUCCCUGGCCGACCUAACAUGCAUACAUUUUCUUUCCUGGCAGAAGGAAAGAGUCUUAGGUUUUCAGUCAAUUAUGGAGAGAGUUGGAAGCUUCAUAAGAAAACUGCUUCCAAUGCUUCAACAUUUUCUAAAGCAGAAGCAAAAUCCUCCACUUGCUUUUGCUUACUUGAGAAACAUGUCAUUGAGGAAGUUUCUGAGCUGGUAAAAGUCUCUGCAGACUUGACUUCCAAGAAUGGCAGCUUUGACCCCAGAGGUGCUAUUACGUGUGCAGUGGCCAACGUUGUCUGUGCCCUUUGUUUGGGCAAGAGAUGUGACCACAGUGAUGAGGAGUUUCUUAGAAUAGUUAAAGAGAAUGAUGACUUGGGGCUUCCCUGGUGGCGCAGUGCCUCCAAUGCUGCUAAUCCUGCCGAUUUCAUACUGUGUUUCUGCUACCUUCCACUGCGAAUUAUAAAUUCUCCCCAGGAGUUUUAUCAGGCCCUGAAUCAGUUUAUUGCUCUACAUGUACAAGAUCAUCUUACAACAUAUGAUAAGGACUAUAUCCAAGAUAGCACUGAUGCUCUGAUUAAUACAUGCCACAACAAAUAUGCUGCUACCAAAACAGCCACCUUAAAUGAUGAUGAAAUCAUAAGCACUGUGAAUGACCUCUUUGGAGCUGAGUUUGAAACAAUAUCAACAUGUCUAUAUUGGAGCUUUCUUUAUUUGAUACACUAUCCAGAAAUUCAAGCCAAAAUUCAAGAAGAAAUUGAUGGAAACAUUGGGAUGAAAUCAACCAGGUUUAAAGACAGGAAAAUUUUACCCUCCACAGAAGCUUUCAUAAAUGAAAUAUUCAGACAUGCCUCCUUUCUUCCUUUUACUGUUCUUCAUUGUACUACAUCAGAUACUACUCUGAAUGGUUAUUUCAUUCCCAGGAAAACAUGCACCUUUAUUAACAUGUAUCAAGUAAAUCAUGAUGAAACUAUUUGGGAUAAUCCCAAUUUAUUUAGACCUGAGAGAUUUCUAUAUGAAAACAUGGAACUGAAUAGAAUUGUUGAGAAGGUGUUGACUGUUGGAAUGGGAAUCCGGAAGUGUCUCGGAGAAGAUGUUGCACGAAAUGAGAUAUUCAUUUUCUUCACCACAGUUCUGCAGCAGCUCAAGCUGGAGAAGUGCCCAGAAGCCGAGCUUGACCUGACACCCAUGUAUGGCUUAGCCAUGAAGCCAACACCAUACCAACUUCAAGUAGAGACCCGCUGCACAGAAUUCUACUUUUCGCUGAAAGAGUCGGUACUGAAAAAACAGGAUGUUCUAUCAACUCACAUUCCUAGAAUUCCUUUUUGGUCAGAAGUGAGCUGCUAGAAGGAGAUACUCAAAAUGAAAAACAUCUUGUCAUGAGGAACCUGGGAAACAACUCAACAUGAAGGAAAAUAGAAUCUAGAGGUGGAGACAUAACUUUUAAAGGCUAUUUGUAAAUAUGUUUCACAGAAAGUUUCUACCUGUACUCUAAACGGGCAAGAAACAGAAUGGAAUCUAGCACUUCGCUUCAUAAAUUGUGAUUGAAAAACUGAUGGGUUAUUAUUCACAAAAACUGCAAAUGAAACUUUGAGCCAUGACAGAGCAAGGAUACAAUAAAAGCUUCGAACUGAAACUCCAUCAGGCCCAAACUAUGAAUGGCACAUUCUACAGGAUAAAACCUCAACAAACCCCUUACUGUAGAGAGAGACAGUAAUGGUCAAGGCCACCCACCUCACACUGUGCUGGUAUUAGGAACAAGAAGAGUAGCUGGGAACUCUGGAUCACAUGCUUCCCCUGCACUUGGGCAUGGUUAGCAAGUCACUUUUCAGCCCAGUGAUAAUCAACACCAGCCUGGAGCUAAAAGUGCGCCACCUGAAAAAACAGCUUUUUGUUGAUGCCAAAUCUAUCCAUCCAGGGCACUCCCAGCUCUUCAACUUCAAAAGAGACAAGUAAAUUCAGUCACAACACUUCCAACACCAGAUGUGUGGGUGUUUUUCCACACCAGGAAAUUCUGACACCAGCUGGAUGUGAUACAAUUUAUCUCAGUUCUGACACUGUUUACCUGGAGAUGGCAUCAGAUCCUACAAGCUGGAAUUAUGUUUUCAACAUCAGAUGAGUCAAAGGAAAUAAUAGCCGCUGUAGAACAGAUGGGCUGAAGCAAAAUUGGAAGGCAGAAAAAAGAUGAAAGAUGAUUUUGGAUGGAAAAGAGGAUUUCUCUGUGGAAAAUGUUCAGAUUCUACAUAUAAGACAUAUAGGGAAUACAGAGUGAAAAAUAAAUGGGUAUGAUUGGAAGUAGUUUAAUUAAUUCUAGCUUUAAAGCUUCACCUAAUGCCACUGCUUUAUUCUGUAACGUGUAGAUUUACUUUGUAAUGACUGAUUCUGUAAAACUGGAUUAUGGUUUUAUUUUUGUGAAAGAUUCUUUUUGUUUUCCUUACUAUUUCUAGUUUUUAUCUAAUGUUUUAAAUUAUAGCUUAAAUAAAAUAGUUUAAUUAAAAGACCUUCAUAACUCAAUGUUUCAUCACACUGGAUUUCAGGUAAAGUUAGUUACUGGAUGUGUGAGUUUUUCCAAUCCCAUUAAGAAAAUAGUAAAAAAUAGAAUAGCCUUUAUACUUGGAACUCUAUCAGUAAUAAAUGAGCCACAAAGUGUCCAUAAAAAUUAGCUAUCCUGAUGAGCAUUUGUGAUUCACAUUGUAUACUCUGUGGUGAGCCAAGGUAUCUAUUUCUUAAUAAUCUUACUAAGGGCUCUGUCAGGACUCUGGCCAACAACUGGCUUGAUGUUUGCAUUUUGUGUGUGAUGUAGUUUUUUCCUUGGUUGACUCUUAUGGCCCCACCCUGAUGAACCAGUUGUAGCAAGCCUCAGCAUUUGUACGUAGAAUACAUUCUGCCUCUUGCUCACCGAAGUAGCUUUCUGUGUACCUGACACCUGAGGUAACCAUCCAUAAUCCAAAUACCUUCAAGAGGUACUUUUAGAUUGAUACUCCCUGUCUUUCAUAUGUCUUGUCAUAUUCUCAGAGAAGUAAUGUCAUCCUAGCAUCAACUAUGUAUCAUGUGAAAUAGCACAGAAUAUUUCCUGGAACAUUUCUUAAUUGCAUUGCUCCUCUACCCAAAAUUGUGCUGAAAUAUUAGGCAAUGGCCACAGUGUUAGGGGAAAAAUAUCUACUGAUGUCCCAUCAAAAGUUUCCAAAUCUCCUCUCAUUUGAAAGUGAUGAACUCAUGGUAGACUGGUUGAUUUUUUUCUUUCCCAAAUUUAUUUCCUUAAGAAGAAAUACAAGGUUUCCUAAACUUGUUUUCUUAAAAAUCAUUCCUAUAUUUGUAGCCCAGAAUCUGUAGA